UCAACAAAACACAGAAACGUUAAAGCUAGGUAGAAAAGAUAGAUAGAUAGAUAGAUAUGCUAGAUAAAACAUUCAUAAGUAGCUAACGUUAAAGGUGGAUACGAAGUGCGAACUAUUUCAGGAAGAAAGUAAAUUACUGAGAACCCUUCGACUUCUCCUGGUUGGUUAUCCCUAGCUCAGCUGAGCUGUCUUUCACAGAAGUUCCGUCCCAGUGUAUCCAACAACAACAAAAAAUGUCAGUACCUUUUUCCAACACUCACCUCCGGGUUCCGCGAGGAUUUGGUACCAUCCUGGAGGGGCUGGCCAGAGAAGUGCUGCGAGACCAGCCUGAAGAUAUCCCAAAAUAUGCUGCACAGUACUUUGAUGCUCUUCUCAAACAAAGAGAAGAUAGUGGCAUGGACCCUGCUGACUGGGCUACUAAACUGGAAGAUAGAUUCUAUAACAACCAUGCAUUCCAGGAUACUGGGCCUAGUCCUGAAAAAGAGCCAGCAACAGAGGUGACCAUUUCCAAGUGAGUCUCAUCUUAUUGUGCUAUCAACAGCCAGGAAGAUCAGCAGGAGAGGGAGAGGAUGGACAUGAGGGAUAGAAUAGUAACAAGUGACAAGUGAAGAAGUAAUGAGAAUUAAAAUAAGAGAAGAAGUAAUGAGAAUUAAAAUAAGAGAAGAAGUAAUGAGAAUUAAAAUAAAAUAUAAUGUUCAUGUUUAAUACUAAGGUGUACAUCUGGAGUUGCUGUGUGAGGUAUUCUGUAGAUGUGGUUGUUGUUGUUUGUUUGUUUGUCCUGAUUAGGAAAAUGAAGAAGUAGAAUUUGGAAGAAAAAAUGUGCACAAUCUUAAAGGGACAGUUCACCCUAAAAUCAAAAAUACAUAUUUCUCCUCUAAAUGUAGCACUAUUUAUCAAACUAAAUUGUUUUGGUGUGAGUUGCCCAGUGUUGGAAAUAUCAGCAGUAGAGAUGUCUGCCUUCUCAUGUUCAUGUUUACUUGCGGGAGCCAUCUUGGAAACCAGUCAUAACUAGUCGAAAAACGAGCACCGUGCAAAUAAGUCUGAGAUUCCCAUACUGUCU